GUUCUUGUCUGCUUUCCAUGUCUACUGCUCAAAUUCUGUUUUUUUUUUCAGACAUAUGUGUUUAAACGUGGUUCUAAGGGGUUGAAAGAACGUAUAACUUUCAUUGAUUAUGUGCGAAACAACAGCAUCGCUGCAGCUGCAGGCGUUCAAGAAGGUGAGUAG